GAAUCAGUUGGCCGUCGUAGAACAUCGAUCGGUCGAGUACGACGAGUAAUCCUUCGGAAUCCGGUUGUACAAACGUUCAUCACAUUACUGUUUCAUUUCCUUUUGUUUCUGUUUAUUUUCCUCCUCUUAUUCUUCUUCUUCUUCGUUCUCUACUUCUUCUUCCUCUGCUUCCUUCCUUCCUAUCAAACAUUUCCAUCUUCUGUUCGACUGUGUUUCGAAAAUAGUCGAAAAUUUGUGCGUCGAAGAAGAAAAAAAAGGAGAAAGAAAAAACAAAAGUAAAAAAGAAAAGUUUAAUCGCUAAGCUGUUCGAAUGUUUAACGUUUUUGAAAUGAAGUCCGAGGAAAAGAACGAGACGGUCAAAAAGGAUCAAUCGAAUUUUCUACGAAAUUGGUACGUUUGGAUCAUUAGCAUGAUAGGACUGUCAAGUUUAUUCUUACUAGUGACAUUUUGGUGUACGAACAUAUUCCAAGAUACUAUUCUAUCAAGUUUAAUAAUACAAAAGGGUACGACGAGCUUUGAUUUUUGGGAACGUCCUCCCGUCAAAUUGAUCUACAAGUUUUACAUCUUUAAUUAUACGAACGUAGAAGAUUUCGAGAGUGGUAAGGCAAACAAGUUAAGGGUCCAACAAUUGGGACCGUACAUUUAUAGAGAAACGAAGAAACGCGUGAACGUUCAGAUCCACGAGAACGGUACGAUAAGUUAUCAAGAGGAAAAAUCAUAUCAAUGGGAAAGUGGAAAUCCUGAGAACGAGAUGAUCGUAGUACCGAAUAUUCCUCUUCUAGCGGCUAUUUCCUAUUUCCGAAACUUACAUAUUACUGCUAAAUUACUUUUAAACCUUGGCCUCUCCACGAUGAACAUAAAAACCUUUUUAAAUCUCACCGUUAAUGAUUUUCUUUGGGGAUACGACGACAAUCUUUAUAACGUCCUGAAAGCAUUGAGCUCGUUACAGGAACCUCUACCUUACGAGAGAUUUGGAAUUCUAGUCGGUUCUAAUGGAAUCUCGAAGGAUCGGAUCACUAUAAAUACAGGUUUUAACGACAUGAAUUAUCUUGGUAUAAUUGAAAAAAUAAACGGCAAGAGUAUUCAAAAUAUUUGGGGCGAUGAGAAAUGCGACAAGAUUUAUGGCACCGAUGGAUCAAUAUUUCCACCGAAAUGGAUCAACAAUUACAGUACUCCUCUUUAUAUAUACGUUAAGGAAUUAUGUAAACCGUUGUCCUUUCGUUUUCAUGAAUACGGCAAUGUCCAUGGGAUACCUAGUUUGAGAUACAAAAUGUCAGUAGACUCGUUAAAAAUCUCCUCAACGGACUCCUGUUUUUGUCCAAAAACAGUGGGACACAAUGCAUCGGAAAGAAAGUGUCCGCCUACUGGAACUUUUAAUGUAUCAGCUUGUAAUUCCGGUCUACCGAUAUUAAUUUCCUUACCGAAUUUCUAUGGUGCUGAUCAAUCGUUGAUAGAAUCGAUCGAUGGAUUGAAACCGAACGAAACUCUCCACGAGAGUUUCUUGGAUUUGCAUCAGUUUUUGGCCCUUCCAAUGAACGGCUCAUCGAAGAUGCAAUUGAACGUAGAAGUUCGACGAGCUAUUGGUAUGCCGUAUACUGGUAAAAUGAAAGAUGGCAUGAUAUUACCUAUCAUGUGGUACGACAAUACGCUCGAUGUACUUCCACAAAAAUUUGUCAACAUUUUCUUUGACGCUCAUUUUGUGAUAACUAUCGUUGAACAAGCCUUUCGAUGGGGUAGCGUCCUCGUAUUUUUAAGUUGCAUUUGUGCUCUUUCAAUAAAAGUACGAAAUCAUUGCAUACAUCGACAUCUACCAUUAUGUGAAAACGUUUCGGUCGGAAACAGACUAAUAGAGGGAUGAUAAAUUAUAAGCUCAUUGAUAAAAGUUCGAAAGAAUAUUUCUAAUUUCAUUCAUUCGCUAACGAAUGAACGUGAAGUGGGAUGAGAUUGUUGGAAGUAACGAAAAGAAAAAGAAAACGAAAAAUUAAAAAAAAAGACGAUCUUCGUUUUUUGACAAAGUUCGAUUUAUCGAGAAUCAUGAACGUUCGACAAGUAAAAAGGCUUUUCAUUAUGCGGAAUACAAAGGUUAAUACGUGAGUACGUAAGUACUUAGAUAAAUAUUUGCAUGAGAAACUUAUUAUUACUGAUUGAAUUUUACGAGCGAUUUUAUAUUAAAUUCGCAUUGAUUUUAAAAUAUCGUAAUAUCGUCUAAAUAUCGUAAUAAUAUCGACCGUCCGGCAGUUUUUGCCUUCUACAUUUAUUAACUUCUUAUGUAUACAUGGAUACAUGCGUAAUACGUAAUCCAUGUAACAUAUGUUAAUAUAUGUAUAUAUAUAUAUAUAUAUAUAUAUAUAUAUAUAUAUAUAUUUGAUGAAACUGAUGUUUCCACGAGAGGAAAAAAAUAUGAGACAUAUUUUUGUCGUCACGAUUCUUAGGUCUCCGGAGGUCGCUCGACGUUAUCGCGAUCUAUCGUAAACCAGCAAUCAUUCGCCGGUUAAACACUCUUACGAUUAAAUUUAUUCGCUAUAAAGAAUAUAUAUAUAUAUUUUUUUUUAAAUAGAGAACAUCUUUCUAAAUAGUCACAUUAAAUUUAUCUAUGGAAAAUACGUGUAACGAUACUAAAAAUGAGAAAAAAAAGAGGAAAGAAACAUCCAACGUAAAGAAACUCGAAUUACGAGACGAUCCUGCAAUAUGAAUUAAAUUGAUUUGUGUUGUAUUAAAAUGAAACGAGAAAAAAAAAGAAGAAAAGAAACAGAUGAAAAAAAAAUUCAAUGCCUCGCGAUCGACGAAUCAUUCGAUUGGCUUUAUCGUAAAUGCGCAUAUCAUUAUAAUCAUAAUUACCGGUGAUACAGUAAUUAAUCAUUUCAUUUUUAUCAUCCAAUUUCCCUUGAAUAAUUCAAUUCGUUGUGAGCAACUAGUAGGAAAAAAAUAUAGAAAAAAUUAUAUUAGAAAAAAUAAUAUAACGAUGCUAACGCAACGUAUGUAAUUUAAAAGUUCACAAAAAAUCAUUUAAUAGAUGACUAAGAAAAUAUUAUUUAUCGAAUACUUCGUUCGUUCAUUUGUUCGUUUGUUCGAGAGAGAGAGAGAGAGAGAGAGAGAGAGAGAGAGAGAGAGAGAAUAUUUUCCGAUAAUAAAAUAUUCUCACGACUAAACGAUAUCGCAGAUCGAUUCGAAAAAACGUACGAUGUUAUGUCAAUCGAUCGAUAUCGAAUUAUCAUUCUUACGUAGUUGAUAAUAUUAUAUUUUUUUAUACCAUUCGGUUUUGUAGAUCAUAUAUAGCUUUAAAUAAUCUCUUCAAAUGAUGAUAACAAUAAUAAUAAUAAAUAUGUUUCAAUGUACAUAGAAUUAUCAAAAUGGAGGAAGAAAUUCCAUAAAAUCUAUGCGAGAUUAGACGCAUACGUAAGAACGAUGUUUCAAAGUGCGCGUCGACAUACAUAAUUCAAAAAAAAAAAAUAA